CAUAGAACAAAAAAUGGCUAUACAGACGCGAUCUGCAUCGCGCAACAAGACUAAUAAUGAAGAAGAACAACAACAACAACAACAAAAUGAUGGUCCACCUCCUAAUCGUGCUGCAAGACGAGCAGCACAAAAGAAAGAAGCCAAAGAAGCCAAAGAAGCCAAGAAUGCGAAAACUAGUAAACAAUCAAGAAUAAACAAAAGAAACCCUCGUCCUUUGACUACGACACCAAACGAAAUAAAACCAUUUACUAAUCCCAAAACAACCCAUUACGAGUUUGGUGGUGUUUUGGGUGCUACUGGAAUGAUUCUAUUCUUACCUGUACUUGUUCUUACUUUUGCUUAUGGAUGUGAUAAAACAGGAUACAAUCCUCUACAACGUCUUUAUCAUUUUGUUAUGCAGUUUGAUAUAAAUAGGAUGAUUGAUAAUCUCAAAAAUUGGCAUUAUGGCUCUGCUCUCUUUUAUUUGGGUAUUGUAUUGCAAUUAGCUGCUUAUUCACAUGCACUUCCUGGUGAAGUAGUUGAAGGUGUUCCUCUUCGUGAUGGUAGACGUCUUAAAUAUAAAAUUAAUGCUCUUAGCUCAUUGCAGUCACUUUUAAUGAUUGCUAUUAUGGCUCUUCGUGGCCAAGGCUGGUUUUUGUUCUUGUGGGUCAAGUCUCAUUUUGCUGAUAUUGCAUUAUUUUCAGUUGUAUUUUCUUUGCUUGUUUCUAUCUGCGUGUAUAUUAGUAGUUUCUUUGGACAUAAAAUGCUGGCCUUGGGUGGUAAUACAGGAAAUCCCAUUUAUGAUUUCAUGAUUGGACGUGAAUUGAAUCCUCGUAUUGGAGAAUUUGAUAUUAAAUUUUUUACAGAAUUAAGACCUGGAUUAAUUUUAUGGUUAUGCUUAAAUAUUUGUUUUGCAAUUUAUCAAUGGGUCGAAUUAGGUAGAGUGACAUACUCUAUGAUCUUGGUCAAUGUAUUUCAAGCUUGGUAUAUUUUGGAUGCUCUCAUUAAUGAGUCUUCUAUCUUGACUACGAUGGAUAUCACAACAGAUGGAUUCGGCUUUAUGUUAGCCUUUGGUAACCUUUGUUGGGUACCCAUGAUGUAUAGUCUUCAAGCUCGUUAUCUUUCUGAUUUCCCUGUUGACUUAAGUAUUCCUUAUUUGAUUUUCAUUAUUGCCCUUCAAAUGACUGGCUAUUACAUCUUUAGAUCAGCUAAUUCUCAAAAGGAUACAUUCCGUAAAGAUCCUAACCAUCCUAAAGUUGCAGGCCUUAAAUAUAUUGAAACGAGAGCAGGUUCUCGAUUAAUUAUUUCAGGUUGGUGGGGUAAGGCAAGACAUAUCAAUUAUUUAGGUGAUUGGCUCAUGUCUGUAGCUUGGUGUUUACCGUGUGGAUUCAAUUCGAUUAUCCCUUACUUUUAUUGUAUCUAUUUUGCCAUCUUAUUAAUUCAUCGUGAACGUCGUGAUGAAGAUAAAUGUCGCAAGAAAUACGGUGAAGAUUGGGAUCGUUAUUGUUCUAUUGUAAAAUAUCGCAUUAUUCCAGGCAUUUAUUAAAAGAAAUAAAAUAAUGCAUUGAGUGUAAUUAUGUAAUGAUUCCUUUUUAUGGAUAAUAUCUAUUACCUCCGCUUGUUUGUUACUACCUCUUUUUUUUUUUUUUUUCUUUUUU